GUGCUUACACUCGAGAUUGAAAUUUUUGAGUCGGUAAAUCAGAGCUUAUGGGGAAGGAAGUACAGAAAUCAGAAGUAGAGCCAAAACUGGUCGCCGAUGGUAAAGAGGAAUCAAAGGAGCCAUCUCUACCUCCGCCGAUUGUUUUGAGAGUGUUCAUGCAUUGCGAAGGAUGUGCUAGCAAACUCCGGCGAUGUCUCAAAGGAUUCGACGGCGUUGAGGAUGUUAAGACGGAUUGUAAGACGCAAACGGUAGUAGUGAAGGGAGAAAAAGCAGAUCCUUUGAAGGUUCUAGAACGGAUUCAGAAGAAGAUUCACCGGCAAGUUGAGCUUCUCUCUCCGGUACCGAAACCUCCGGCUGAUCAGCCUAAAAAAGUCGAGGAUAAAGAGGCGUCGAAACCUGAAGAGAAGAAAGAGGAGGCUCCUCCACAGGUGAUUACGGUGGUUUUAAAAGUUCAUAUGCAUUGUGAAGCUUGUGCACAAGAAAUCAGAAAACGCAUAAUGAAGAUGAAAGGGGUGGAAAGUGCAGAAGCCGAUUUAAAAAGUUCAGAGGUGGCGGUGAAAGGCACAUUUGAGCCGCAGCAACUGGUGGAAUACGUUACCAAGAAAAUAGGCAAACAGACUGUGAUUGUGAAACAAGAUCCAAAGCCCAAGAUACCUGAAGACGACAAAGGUAAAGAUGCAAAAGUCAAGAAAAAGGAAAGCGGUGCCAAUAAGAAGAAGGAAGAGAAGAAACCGGAAGAAGCCGGUGGCGGCGGCGAAGUAGCGGCGCAACCAAAGGAGGCGGCGAGCGGUGGAGAAGAGACGAAAUUCGUAGAUUUGAGAAAGAUUGAAUUCAAUUGUCACCAAACAAACCUUCCGAGAUACGUUGUGGAAUCGGUGUAUGGUUAUCCGGCAGCUCCACAGUUGUUCAGUGAUGAGAAUCCUAAUGCGUGUUCUGUUAUGUGAAAAGCCCGCUUGAUUUCGUAUGCUAUUAUUUUGACCCUUCAUUUCUAAUUCUUAUUGUAUCUCUCGUACCAAUCAAAUAAAAUUAUAAUAU